CUCUCUCAUAGCAAGCAAAGUCACCAGAAAAAAAAAACGAAACGAAAAAGAAAAAAGGCCACCGAAUUUUCUUCUUCUCCCUCCCUCUCUCUCCCUCACAGUCUCCUUCAUAAUUAAGAAACCACUGUAGCUGAGCUAUUGUAAGAGAUACUGAGUGAAUCGGUGAGUCAGCCAGUGAGCAAACGAGCGAGCGAGUGAGUGAGUGAGUGAGGGAGGGAGGGAGGGAGGGAAGGAAGGAAGAAAAAAAAUGCCACCUACAAACAUGAAUCCAAACCAUAAUCAAUCCCAAGCCACAGAAACGCGUUCAUCCACCGCUAACGGUGACCACCACCACCACCCCAACGGCCACUCCAUCACCGCUCAACCACUCCAGCGCGACCAUACUUACUACCCUCGUUCUUCCUCUUCCUCCGCCUCGUUUAAAGGCUGUUGUUGUUGCCUUUUCCUCCUUUUUUCCUUCUUAGCACUUCUUGUACUAGCCAUCGUCCUCAUCAUUGUCCUCGCCGUUAAACCCAAAAAACCCCAAUUCGAUCUCCAACAAGUAGCGGUUCAAUACAUGGGCAUUUCAACAUCUACUCCAUCUUCUUUCGACGGUACCGCAACCACCGUCGCUACCACCCCAACCACCGCUUCUUUAUCUUUAACCAUCCGUAUGCUUUUCACAGCGGUAAAUCCUAACAAAGUGGGGAUCAAAUACGGCGAAUCUAGAUUCACCGUUAUGUACCGUGGGAUCCCUUUGGGUAAAGCUUCGGUUCCUGGGUUUUAUCAAGAAGCUCAUAGUACUCGUAACGUGGAAGCAACCAUCGCCGUUGAUCGAGCUAACUUAAUGCAAGCUGACGCCGCCGAUUUAAUCAGAGACGCCUCCAUUUAUGACCGUGUUCAGCUCCGAGUUCUCGGUGACGUCGGCGCCAAGAUCCGUGUAUUAGACUUCGAUUCUCCUGGCGUCCAGGUAUCAGUGGAUUGUGCAAUAGUGAUUAGUCCAAGGAAGCAAUCACUUACAUACAAGCAAUGUGGAUUUGAAGGAUUGAAUGUUUAAAAGGAAAAAAAAAAAAAACUCCUAACUUCUUAUAAUUCAUAUCGGUUUUUUUUUUUUAAAAAAAGGUAUGUAAUUCUCUUUUCAUUGUUCAAUGUUCUCUAUCCACAAAUGGAUUGAGAAAAGAAUUGAAAAAGAAAAAAAAAGGGGGGGGGGGGGGAGGAAGGCUAGAAUUCAGGACAACAUUGCACGUGGUUUUGAGUAUUACAAAGGAAAAAAAAGGUAAAGCUUAGGCAAAGAUGAUGAUGAUGAGAAGAUUCUAAAUGGGAAUUUCAAUUUUUUGUUGCUACCCUUUAGCCCAUCCCCUGUUCCCAACCUAACAUUUUGCUGAUUUUUGUAUUGGUUUCUUCGGUUUGAAGGAAGGGAAAAAAAGGAAGUUCUAAUUGCCAUUGUAAAGUUGCAUGUGCAUCUCUGUUCUUAAUCUUAAAUCCAACUGGCAAGUUUCUUUCUCUCA